AUGGCGACUGUUGCUGUAGGCAAGGAGGUUCGGACCGGUUUCGACGGUGAUGAAUUCGUCAAUGAAUUAAAUUUACAGAAUGAGAAUUCAGUUUCAGACUCCUCGCACAUUGCUGACCUACCUAUGAAUUAUGGAGAGAUAAAGCAACGUUAUAUUGCCAAGUAUUUUAACCAUCCUUCCUUAUCCCGUGUUGAACAGAAGAUUGGUGAGAGUUUUAAUAUAAUGGAUAAUAUGGUUGGAAAUGAAUCUUUUGAUGAAAAAAAAAGUGAUUCAGUUAUUGACACUGUGAUGCCACAGAAUAUCCUUGGGGAAUAUGCAGACAGAAUAUUUGAAACAAUGAAGAAUAUAGAACAGAUGAUUGUCUAUGAAAAGUCUAUGGAAGAAGAAGAAAAAACCCAUCCUGCCGAACUUCCUGAAUUAGAUGCUGUUAGCCAUGCAUCACUGAUUGGCCAUUGCUUGACUGCUUACAUUUCCACAUUAAGUGAAAGCCACAUGAAGGCAAUUGCAUCAAAAAUCACAGCAGAUUGUCAGGCAAUAUUGACAUUGUUGUUUAGACUAUCUGAUGCCCAUGUUUAUUACCACUAUGAAGAACGAGAGGGUUUGGUAAAAGUCUGCAAGUUGGCUUUACAUCAGAAAUAUCCCAAGUAUGGAACAGAAGGCUUUGAAGCUUUGUAUUCUCGACCACCUGUCAUAUACCUCAGUUCAGCAUCCCCUGUUGGUUUGGGUCAACAUCUUUGCACACAGCUUGGGCUGCCUAUGUCCUGCAUCAGUAUGGUUCCUUGCAACACUAUGUUUGGGGCUAGCAGUAAAAUGGAUGUUGCUAUGUUGGAGAAGUUGAUACAAGAUGAUAUUGCUGCUGCUAAAACCCCUGUCCUCUUAGUAGGCUAUGCUGGCACUCCAGUUGUUGGACAUGUUGACAAUUUAAAAAGACUACAGGAAAUAUGUUCCAUUAAUGGUAUUUGGUUGCAUGUUGAAGGAAAUAACUUAGCAUCAUUGAUCUUGUUCUCUGAUCCAAACACUGUUCAGGCAUCUAAAUGUGGAGACAGUAUUACUGUAACACUUGGCAAGUGGCUGGGCAUUCCAUCCCUUCAAGCAACUACUUUGUAUAUGUGUGAAGAUACAACAAUGACAUAUGCUGCUGGGAUGAACUCUUUCAAUGCUGCAUCAAAACUCUCCUGUCUACCAUUAUGGAUCUGUCUGCAUAGUCUUGGGCAUGAUGGCAUUCACAAUAGAAUCAGAUCCUCUUUCCACUUAUGUAAACUCUUGCUUGAAAGGUUAAGUUCACUACCAACAGUAAAACUUGUGAAUACAGAAAAGAAAUCAGAAGAAAAAGAUUCUGCCAAAUAUGGGGAUCUAAUUUCAACAUCAAUUGAUACUCUUCUUGUUUUUGAUGUUGUAACCCCAACUGUGAUAUUCCGGUACACAGAAAAUUCAACUAAAACAGAAACUGAAUCAACGCCUUAUGUGAUCAAAACUUCAGAAGAAUCAAAUGAAGAUGAAAAACAAACAGCUUAUUAUAAUGCAUUAAACACAUGGUUAGCUGACUUACUAUUACGAGAGAACCCCAAAAUAUUGAUUGAAGCCGUCAACGUUGAUAAAGAAGGAGUUUGUGUACGGUUUUCUCCCCUUGAAUUUGCACAAGUUUUAGGGACCACAGAGGAAGACAUUGAAGAUUUUGUAAGCUCUUUGCAGGCACAAAUUGUGAUACUGGAUGCUACGGUGUCUCAGCGAAAACCUUUCCGAAAUAUUGUGAUGGAAUGUAUAUACCUAGCUCUUUUGGUAGAUAAAUUAGAAAAUUUACCAGAAGAGAAUAAAAAUGAUAUCAACUCUCUCAAUAUUGAACUGGUGCAUAAACUUAAAGCUACAGAUGGUGCAUUUUCUUUAGGUCAAUCUGAUGAUGGCAUUGCUUGUGUGAAAUUUGGUUUGAUCACUGCAGACACCAACAUUGUAGAAUUGGUGUCACUUGUGGAAAACAUUGGAAAAGAAGUUGAAGAAUCUUCAAAAUUUUUGGAAACCAUGUCUGAAAGAAUUGUAAAAGGAAUUGAAGAAGCUAAUAAAGAUCUCCAAAGAGAGAAUGCAGAACGUAUGGUGCAAGAGGGUUUGUUGAGACAAGUGCCUUUGGUAGGAUCUUUGCUGAAUUGGUGGUCCCCACCAGCAAAAGAAAGUAUCAAAGGAAGAACCUUCAGCUUGAGUUCAGGGAAAAUUGUAUCUACCGAAUCAAUUUACAAAUAUCAUAUGCAAAUAAAAGAAGAUGAAGAGUCCAAUUCAAAAGCACAAUCUGUUCAACUUGCAUUGUCAUCACAGUCAAGUGAGCUGAGUCUGAAUGAAAGCUUAGUUCAUGAAGAACCAUUACAGACUCAUCAGGUGUCGCAGCAGACAUCUUGUGAAUCUAUGACUGAAACAGAUGGCCUUAACAUGCAUGCCAUAUGCGAAGACCAACCAACAGACAUUGUUCAAACUGCAGGUGCAGAGGAAAGUGCAGCAGCUGCAGUAGAACCUGCAAUGGCAGUAGAACCUGCUGCAGCAGCAGAGGUCCAAACGACCGGGGAAGCUUUAGCAGCAGAAUCCACAGCAGCAGGAGCAGAAGCAGCAGGGCUGAUACAAGCUCACCAUCACCAGAAGCUUCUAGCCACUGAGAAAGAAAGAGAGCGAGAGAAGCCUGUAUCAGAGGUUCUCCUCUCCAUCUUCUCCUAA